GACAGAAUUGCACUGCUCUCCGGAGCCUGAGCAGCAUCGUUACCCCAUUUCAGAUGAGGCACUGAGGCCUUUGCCAGGCCACACAACUGCCCAGCAGCUGGCUUUUGUGCCCAAGUCAUUGUGGCCCCAGCACCCGGGGCCUCGGCCCUGCCCUGCACCCUCACAACCAGCCGCCAGCAGUGUUUGCCCCUCCAUGCCUACUUUUACCCAGACUUGCAGACCGCCCAGUCGGCCCUGCAGGCAGCCUGUUCCAGAGAGAAAUGUCCCCAUAAGCUCCUCCUCCUGAGAGGGACACAGGAUCUGGUGUAGGGGACAAGGGGCCUGAAGUCACCCCCCAUACACGCAAACACUGCCAGGGGGCAGCAGAAGCCAGCCCGACUGUCCCAGCUGACGCCCCGCCCUCCACCCCACUCUCCCAGACGAUGGAUUUCCAGGUAACAGGCCUGGACCUGGACAAGAGGAAGCCAGACAGGCCCCAGUGCUUCCUGGACCAGGAGGAGGCCGAGGAAGCCGAGGACGGGCAGCUGCUGGAGCCGCAGGCCUGGAGGACCUACGUGGAGCGCCGCACUGCUCUGCGUGAAUUCCUGACCUCCGAGCUGAGCCCCCAGCUGCUCAGGCGCCACCACGCCCGCGUGGAGCUGCUCCGGAGGUGCUCCUACCAUGUCGAGAUCCUCCCGAAGCAUCUGGCCCUGGGCGACCAGAACCCGCCGCUGCUGCCCCACACCGUGUUCCAGCUGGUCGACCCCUGCAAGUUCCAGCGCAUGAAGAAAGUGGGUGCCGCCCAGGCCAGGAUUCAGCUGCUGCUGCUCGGCGACCUGCUGGAGCAGCUGGACCGCGGCCGUGCCACACUGGACGCCCUGCUCGAGUCGCCCAACCCGCGGCCCUUCCUGGCGGGCUGGGCGCUCGUGGAGCAGCAGCUGGUGGGCCUGUCGGCCGUCAUGGACAGCUUCCUGGCCAUGAUGGUGCCCGGGCGCCUGCAUAUCAAGCACCGCCUGGUAUCUGACAUCGGCGCCACCAAGGUCCCCCACAUCCGGCUCCUGCUCAGCACCAAGAUGCCCGUCAUGUUUGACCGCAAGGAAUCGGUGGCCCACCAGGAUUGGGCCACCCUGCGCUGGUUUGUCACCAUCCAGCCAGCGGCCCCGGAGCAGUUUGAGCUGCGAUUCAAGCUGUUAGACCCACGCACACAGCAGGAGUGCCUGCAGCGUGGCAUCGUCCCUGUGGCCGCCUGCUCCUUUGAUGUCCACAACCUGUUGCCCGACCGCGUCUACAAGUUCACAGUCAAAAGAGCUGAGAGCUAUACGCUGGUGUACGAGCCCUGGCAGGACAGCCUCACCCUGCACACAAGGCCAGGGCCCCCCAAAGGGCCGGCCCCCAGUCUGCUGGGCAAGCCAGGCCACCCCUGACCACAGCUUCCCAGAGAUGAUUUUCUAAUAUUUAUCCAUUA